UACACCUGCCAACAGUGUGGAGAAAUUUUCAAUCGAAAAGAAAGCCUUAAAUUCCACAUGAAAAUUCACAUUAAAAAGAAACCGUUAAAAUGCUUUCAGUGUGGAAAGAGUUUUACACAGAAAGGACAGCUUGAGAAUCAUUUGGUAACUCACACUUCAGAAAAGCCUUUCAGCUGCUUUCAGUGUGGAAAGAGUUUCACAAGUAAAGGAUACCUUAAGACUCACAUGUUAAUUCAUGCUGGAAUAAAGCCUGUCAGCUGCUCUCAGUGUGGAAAGAGUUUUACACAUAAAUCAAGCCUUAAGAGGCACAUGUUAAUUCAUACUGGGGAAAAGCCUUUCUCCUGCUCUCAGUGUGGAAAGACUUUUAAACAGAAAGGAGACCAAGUCAAAAGGCCUUUCAGCUGCUCUCAGUGUGGAAAGAGUUUUACACACAAAUCAAGCCUUAAGACUCACAUGUUAAUUCAUACUGGGAAAAAGCCUUUCACUUGCUCUCAGUGUGGAAAGACUUUUACACAGAAAGGACACUGCAAGGUUCAUUUGGUAACUCACUCUUCAUAAAAGCCUUUCACCUUAAAGAGUUAAAGUAAAUGACUGUUUUUCUGAAUGGCUGUUGUCAUCUACUGGAUCACCUCAAGGAUGUGUCCUCUCUGCUUUAUUAUUUAUCUUGUACACAAAUGACUGUAAGAGUAGUUAUAG